CUGCCAAAGGGAAAGGCAAGGGCAUGAUGAAAGAUGUGCUGAAGGGGCCGGAGGUGUGUAAGGACCCUGUGAAGCUCACCUCUCAUGCUGUUGGAGUCAACAUUCUUUAAGCAAGGAGAUGACCCUGCACUAAAACCACGCAAGGAAUACCCAGAGUGGUAAGUGCUCAAUUUUGGUACUACCUUGAGAAAGAGAGCUGGAGAUCAGUUAUAUUUUUGUGGGAUAUUUUGAGAUAUAUCUUUCACUUGAUCCUGCUUGAAAUAUAUCCCGUUAAUGCUCUACUUCAUGCCAUGAAUAUCAGCUUUUGUGAUAAACAUGUAGCGUUGUGUUAUUAUUAAUGAAUAAUUACAAAGCAUUUAAUAUAAACAAUUUAAGUGACACCAAGCUUCUGCCUCCCAGGCUGUUCCAGUUACAGCUGGGUCCCCCUAAGAAUAUCCAUGAGCUGGAGCCAGAUAGCCGUGAAUACUGGAAGGUCCUGAGGAAGGAGCACAUGUGGCGCUUUAACAGGUUACACCAAGGGAAGAAGCUG